AUGUCAUCAAAUCCAUUUUCUGAAACUAUUCCAUUUCGUCCAGGAAAUCCUACACAGCUUUUGAAUUUCACGUGUUUAGAUGAUGAUUAUGAUGAAGGAUUAAUUUUGUUAGAAGAGCUAGCACUGAGAAUUUUUAAAAAAAUUGAAGAACCUAUCGCCGUUAUAACUGUUGUUGGCUCUUAUCGAAGAGGAAAAUCAUAUUUUGCAAACACUCUUCUCGGACGCCAUGAUGGAUUUAAGCUUGGUUCAUCUGUAAAUGGAUGUACCAAAGUUCAGACCUCUAUGAGUAAAACGAAAGAAUGUACAAGGUGCAAUUGCACCAAACCAUAUUCCGAUUUUAUUUCAAAAAAAAAUGAAAUCCGUGCUCGUUGCAAAUCCUGCUGUGAUAAUACAUCACAAUCGAGAAAACGAAAAAGACAAGAAAUGAAUGACCAAAUAAUUGAAAAAGAAAAUACAUUCGAUCUUGCAAAUAUUACAGACUAUAUUUACGAUAUACUCUUGGAGCAUACAAAUCUGAAUGAAGACUUUGAAGGUCAAAUAAAAUUUCAACUCAAAUUUAAUAUUAAUUUAGAUUCCAUUUAUGAAGAAGAUCCAGUUAGCGUCAUUGAAAAAGAUAGACAUUUGCACAUUGCUAGUUUGAUCAUUAAUGCAAUUAGUAGUGGUGACGGGUAUACAUAUGUAUAUCAAUCAAAAUAUGAGAGCACAAAACAAGAUUUUGUAGUACUUACAUAUUGGUGCAAUGCUCGGAAUGAAUUAUGUAGGUUUCAUAAAAAAGUUGAAGAUACUUCAAAGCAUCGUAGUACUGAAGCACAUAUCAAGCGUUAUGAUUGUAAAGGUGCAAUUACAAUCAAAAUUUAUUUUAAAAAUAAUACUGCGUCCAUUAAUAUCUCUCAUGAAUUUUUGCAUCCACGGUCUGAAAAAUUUAACGUAACAAAAGAAAUAAAAGAUUUUAUUAAUUCUCACAUUCAACAAAGUGUACCAGAUAUCUAUCAGUUGAUAAAAGACCAACAUAUAAAUGGAUUUGAAUUUUUAACAAUCCAACAAGUAUAUUACUGGUGGUCAACAGUUGCACGAAUGGAAUAUCGAUCCUCUGAUAAUGAGGUUAUUUCUACAAAAGCAUAUCUUCAAGAGCAAAAGCAAGAAAUUCUAUUUUUUAAUGAUUGUGCUUUUGCUUUUAUAACGGCAUUUUUUAAUAUAUUGCCA